AUGAAAACGGCAAUCGCCUCGGUGCUGCUGUCUGCCGCUCGCCUCUGUACUGGGAGUUCUCUUUUCAUGAAGAAAAAUCAUCGUCGGUGGACGUGGGAAUCACCCAAUGGUGCGACUCGUGCGUAUAUCGACCACUCACCAACCGGAGGUGGUUUCUACUUGACGUCUCGGUUGUACCAUACUUUUGUAGUGGUUCUGAUCACCGUCUCCUUCGCACGAAAAGACGACUUAGCCACACGAUGGAAAAGAAGAUCUGCUAUCGGCAACGAAGAAGAAAACAAGUCGCCUAAGACGAUUGUUACGUACUCGAGGACUCCAUGUCCCAAGGUGACUGGCACAUCGAAAAGGACGCAAACGUGA